AUGUCAGCGACGUCAGUAGUCGAGCUUCCGCAAAGAGCGGCUUUUCAGUCAGACAGAGACCACAUAUCUGACGUUGUCUCGUCGCCUGCUGCUUCGUUGGAGGACGCUCCCCCUCAGGGUGUGACCGUCGCAACUGUCAAGCAACGAUGGAAUGACCCACCAAUCAACAAAUACAAAGUGGCAGUGACUUUCCUCAGCUUCUUUAUUGUGGGAGCUAAUGAUGCUGCAUAUGGCGCUUUGAUUCCAUCGCUGCGAACACACUAUAACCUUUCAACCAGCCUUGUUUCUGUAAUUUUUAUCACUCCUUUUGCCGGUUACACGUUGGCAACAGUUUCAGUAACGAAAAUCCAUAUGACUCUGGGACAACGUGGAAUUGCCAUUAUCGGGCCGUUGUGCCAUUUGAUUCCCUUUGCUAUUUUGUCAACUAAACCGCCAUUCCCUGUCGUUGUAUCUGUAUAUGCAAUCAUAGGUAUGGGAAACGGGCUUGUGGACGCAGCCUGGAGUGCGUGGGUUGGGGACAUGGUAAACGCUAAUGCAAUCAUGGGUUGCUUGCAUGCGUGCUACGGAGCAGGUGGAACUGCUUCGCCUACAAUUGCAACCUCCAUGGUAGGUGCUGGCCUGGGCUGGUGGUCAUUCUACUAUCUCAUGGUGGGAGCUUGCGUUCUAGAGCUUGUGGCAAGUACAAUAGUGUUCUGGCGCGAAGAUGGCGAAACAUUCCGAAAGGCCAACGCGCGGACUGGAAGUAGCCAAGGUAGUGGUGGUAGCAGGACGACAGAGGCCAUGAAAAACCGCGUUGUGUGGACUCUGGCCAUCCUCUUGUUCACGUACAUGGGAGUUGAAGUCGCCAUCGGUGGCUGGCUCGUCGAAUUUAUGCGUCAGGAGCGGCAUGGCGAGAACUUGGAAUCCGGCUUGGUCUCGACAGGGUUCUGGUUGGGUAUUACGCUCGGGAGACUGGUGCUCGGGUUUGUCAACGACCGGCUCGGUGAACGUGUCGCAUUGAUGUUCUACCUCGGCCUCGCUAUUGUGUUUGAGCUCUUGUUCUGGUUAAUUUCGCAAUUCGUCGUCUCGGCUGUCAUGGUUGCCUUUUUGGGGUUCUUUAUCGGUCCUCUGUUCCCCGUUGCCAUGGUCGUGGCUGCCAAGUUGUUGCCUAAGCAUUUGCACACAGCUGGUAUUGGAUUCGCAGCAGCACUCGGCGGUGGAGGUGGUGCAGUGCUCCCUUUUAUAGCUGGGCUGAUUGCCCAGGCUAAAGGGGUGCAGAGUCUUCAGCCUUUCGCGCUGAGUUUGUUGGUUGUGCUGGCGGGGUUGUGGUUGGUGCUUCCGAGGAAGGCUCCUGAGCACGAGACGUGA